CGAUUUUUUCUUUCUUUCCUUUUUUACUUUAUUCUGCCCUUCUUUUCAUGCCAAGAAGGACUUUCUUUUUUAAAGAAAAAAAAAUUAUUUAAAUACAAACCAUUACUAUCAUACAUACACUCUUUCUCUUUCUUAUUUUAUCCCUUUUCAUAUACAUAACAAUGGCCAAUACAAGUUUCCCUUCACCACCUUCUUCACCUGUUGAUAAACCACUAGGAUCUUACAAACGUAAACGACUUUCUAUUACCUUACCACCUAUUCAAAAUAUCCAUACAAAACGAUACAAGUCCACAGCACCUACUCUUGAUCUUCAAUUAUUGAAAGACUAUCUUAAUCAAGGUGGAUAUCCUGCAGUCGAAAAUCAAGGUCGAUGUUUAUUAUGUUGUGCCUGUCAUUGUCAAUCCAUGGAAGCAUUACAACUUGUGGUGAAUAACGGUCUACCCUGUCAACAUUUAUGCCAAGACGAUAUAUCUGUACUUCAUACUGCGGCUUCCGUUGGCUUCCUUCCAGCUCUUUUGUUUUUAUUAGACAGUAACAACAACAAUAUGAACAUCAAUGGUAUCACCAAGCAAGACAAUCAUACACCAUUAUACCGUGCAGUGCAAGCCAAUCGUCCUGAAGUGGUGGCUUAUUUAUUGAAAAAAGGUGCUCGUGUGGAUGUACCUGAUAGAAUGGGCCGAUUUCCUCUUCAUAUUGCCAUCAUGCAUCGACAUAUGGAAUGCGUUUGUCUCUUAUUGGAUUAUCAACAUCUCAGCAAAAAUAAUCCUUCUCACACUGAUCUUAUUUGGCAACCCAAAUCAUCCAUCUCACCUCACUUAUCUUAUGAUGACCAAUCAGCAAUGGAAGAUGCAGUGAUGGCUGGAUAUGCCCCUAUUUUGGAAAAACUCUUACAACAACAACAACAGCAAAUAUCAACAAAUGGAUCGCCACUUUCUAUGGAACAACAACAAACAGAUUUACUUGAAGCAGCUGUUCAUUGGAAUCGAGUGGAAUGUCUUGAAUUAUUAUUACGUUAUGGAUACGAUGUCAAUUACAAGAAGGAAAAAGGCAACACUUCAUCUCUAUUGUACAAAGCUGUGCAACAACGGAAAUUGGAUAUGGUAUUAUUGCUGAGCAAAGCCGGUGCAAUCUCAUGCUAUCGUGGAUGGAACCCAUGUCUGAUCUAUGCUGCCAAUCAUGGUUUUAUGGAAAUGAUCCCUCAUCUCUUGACAUCAACUACUUCUAAUGAUUGUAUCCAUCAAGCUGUCACCUUGGCUACUCCUCUCAAUAAACGUCAACAAUUAUUAUCCAUCAUUAUACACACUUUGAAAACUGCUUAUACUUACAACAAUACCACUUUUCCUAUCACACCUAUUUCCCCAUGAACUUAUUCUCUAUCUAUUUGUACAUAUCAUAGUUUAGUUUAUUUUUUUUUUAUACACACACGCAUAUACACACCUGUUACUAGUUUUAUACCUUUAGCUAAUAAAGAAAAAAGAAAUUCAUUGAUCAUCAUCA